AUGACACUUACUCUGAUACAGCGCCACGGCGACAUUUUCUAGAAAGCAAACAACGCCCUUUCGCAAUUAAAACUGAACAUAACUUUGAGCCGGAAUAUAUGAUGACGAUCAUUGUCGUUGUGACAGCCACGGGGAGUUGCUCUACAGGUUACAGUAACGAGGCUCGUAGCCAGAGGCAGUGGGAAAACAAUAGGUUGUCCAAGUGUGUGUAAGCGUAUUAUAUGAGGCCCCGACGGCCUGUAUGUUAAUCUCGGCUCCACGUUGUUUCGCUUUGACUCUCUGUUGAUAUUGACCACAAUGGCGCGCUGAGCAAACGUGCGCUGGAAUGAAUUUUUUUAUUUCUACAAAAUCAAGAAUUUGUCCGAGAACUUGGCAUUGACUGUUGGAUGCAGCUCGGACGCGGGUUGUGAUUCUGUCACUGAAGCAAUAUCCUUCACACUUUGUAUAGAAACAUACGGAGUCAGAAGCAACCUUGCAGGACUCCAGUGUGGAGUUGAGAUAAAAGGCUAUGUGUUGAUGUGACAACUUCAUAGUGUAUCACAGAUUGCCAUUGUCAUAUCUCUCUCGGCUGCAACGAAUAACACAGCAAGAUGAAACUGAAACGAAGCAAAGAUCGGCGGAACUCGCUGACGAAGGCGCACCACUUCAUCAGCCGUGACCCCUCCGAGUGGGACGUCAUGGACGGCUAUACCUUCAACGGCGACUACAUCGGGUACUCCACCCUCUCCAAGCCGGCCACGGGGGUGGGGAUCCUUCAGCAGCCAAUCAAAGAGCAGUAUCUUAAGGCCCGGAAGCAGGGCAACUCCAAGAAGGUGAUGCUGAGACUGAUUCAGAGCGGGUUGGCCAUCAGCCUUGUUGAUACCGGCGGCGGCCAAAAGGGGGAGAUGUUCUACGACAUCAGCUCAAUCAGCUACAUCGAGAGUCUGAGGUUUACUGUGCUGAGUGGCAGUGAGAAGAAGGUCCGGGCAAUGUUUGUACCUCUGGCUGAAGCGACUCUGCCUUCUGUGAAAGACAAGAACGUAUUUACGGUGGACAAAAACUAUCAUUUCCUGACGCAGAUCAACCACCCUGCGCUGUUAGCGUGCGUUCUGAGGAGGCCGAAGGGUGUCAAAGCUCUGGACUGUCAUAUUUUCAUGUUGGAGAACGUUGAAGAUGCCUUUAAGAUUGUGUCAAUAGUGAGGCAUAUACAGACCCGUGGGUCCAACCCGGAUGUGAUGACUGAGUUGAAACAGAAUGAGAACGGUAGCUUCAAGCGCGGUCAGAACAAUGAUGUGAUACGAACCGAAUACGGGGAGUAUUCGGUGUAUAGAGGACAGAAGCAAUAUGAACUUAAAGAUGAUUUCUUCCGCCCCCCUGAGCAUGAGGGGGGACCGCAGGGUGAGUACCGACCCCCCGGGCAAGAAGGGGGUCCGCAGGGUGAUUACAGGCCCCCAGACAACGAGGACCCAGGGUAUGGGUGGUCUUAUGAACGUUCAAGAGAAAACAAUGAUGACAAUUGGCACAGCUUUGACAACGACCGGUAUGAAAGGAAAGAUGAGCGUUUUGCAGGGCAGUUGAGAGUAGGAACUCAAAACAGGGGAGAUUUUUCCUACGAUCAAGGAGGACGGGAGUACAUUAGUCACGGUCGUCAAAGGUCGUCGGAUAGCGGCGAGGGGAGGAUGAACAUGAGUUUUAGCGAUUCUUCAGAAAGAGGGGGUCGGCAUGAUGAGCACACGGAGAGAAGGUCUUGGAACGAGCGGGAGCGUGGGAACAUCUCACCCCGGGCGGCCCACUUCCCCCCCAGGGUAGCAGAGAAGCCGAACAAGCCCGACCCCAUGAUGAGAUCAAUGGGGCCACCCAGCCCAAACCAACACUCUCCUCCUCGCCCCCUCUCUCCUCGCGGAAUGGACUCGCCCCGGUCGACCAACUAUCAGCAUCCUCCAGCAUCAGGCUACAACCAGCCCGCCCAAGGGGGCCGCUACGCCCCUCCCUCGCCCGGUGGACCCGUCUACUCCAUGUCCAAUCUCGAGAGUAGACAAACCGACGCCCGGCCGCCUGAAGAGGAAUCAGCGCCCAAGCCUGUGGCUAAGGUUCCUCCACACAUGGUUGCUGGUGUGAAGGUCCUUCCGACCGGUUUCGUUCCCUCCGCAAUUAAACUGAAGCCUAAGACAGCCAAACACGAUAGAAGCUACGGGUCUGAAGAUUCGGAUCCUGACUACGACAAUAAUAUCCAUAUGUAUAAAAAGCCUGUCAAUGACUAUCAGAGCUACCAGUCAGAAAAAUACACAGAGGAACGUAACAUAUAUAACCACAAUAACAGCAACGAUAACCUGGGAAAAGGGGGAGACAACUACGGUAAAGGGGGAGACAACCACGGCCGGUAUGCUGACUACAACAAGGGAGGCAUGUAUGGCGACAGCAGCUACAGUAAAGAGGGCAGCCAGAAUCGCGGUUUCAGCUACGCUCCUGAAUAUGGACGGCAAGUCAGCGACGAGAAAACAGAAAGCCGUCAAUAUAUUGAAAGCUAUGAUGGCCCCUACGGUGUCCAGAGACGGGAGACGGACCACAGGCAGACGGACAAGGGGGGUUCCAACAGGUAUAGCGCCCCAUCAACGGCUUACGACGACAGAUCACGUGAUCCAGGUAACCGUUGGAGCGGGUCAAGUGGUGGAGGUCAAGGUCGAUCUCAGUCCAACUACGACAUCGGUAGCCGAGCGCCCCCUGGUGGGGAUGGCGGACAAGGUCCUAAAGGGAAGGAAGCCGAGAUUGCAUCAAUGUUCACGGACUUCCAAAUUCAGAAAGGGGAGCCAACUCCUUACACUACUUCCGGAACAGAUUUCGAGCAAUCUUUGGGUUACUUCCCUUGACGGAGUCCGUAUUUCGGGAUUUCGAGACUGUAUCAUGUGUUGUAGGCGGUGUUGGAUGACUAUGAAUGCACGUGCAAAUGCAUGCAUGUUGCUGCUUGAGAGGACAAUGAGUGUAGUAGACAGGAGGAUGUCUUAAUGGUCGAUGUCUGAAGUCGGGUUUUGGAAGUACAUUCUUGUGUGGGAGUGUAAUGCAUAGAUAGACCCGGCGUCCGGACACUAUAUAAACGUGACAUUUUGUCACAAGACAUACUGCAACCAAUGCAUACCCUCUGUGACUGUCCUUUCGAAGUAAGAAAUGUCACAUUUACACUUAAACAGAGUUCAUUUCAUUUUCUUUAUCAAAUAUAUUCAGAAAUAGGAACACUAGCACACAUGUAUAUGUACAAGAUCGGUUCCUAAAGGUUGAAUUUUUGCAUUUCAUUUGAGCAAAAUUAAUUUUUUUGGCGUUUGCAGGUUGUAUUAUUAUUACGUGUACCAUAGUAGAACAGUUGGUACAUAAUCUUGGUACAACAGGUGGUACAUAAGCUGGGUACAACUGGUGGUUCAGACGCGUUGACGAUACUAUUAAAACUGUUGAUCUCAGAAGAUAGCUAUUGUAAGCAGUGUCAUUUAAUGACACUACAGUCGUCUUAUAAAGAACAUGUAUCACGUGGACAACGACACCAUCGUCUCAAAAUUAAAUGUUAUAUAUAUAUAUAUUCGCAAUAAUGUAUGCAGUCAUAUACCUAUUACAUUAUAUAGAUAUGUAUAGGGAAUUAUAACACACAUCUCCAUACACUGUAAUUUUUCGUUUGCUCUGAUUAAAGUCAAGUCUUUCUUAAACUUUAAAGUUUAAAGAACCUGCUUGGGCAGUUACAAACUGCCUCAGAAUAACGAGAAAUUUGUACCUUUUAUAUCAUUUUCACCAUAUUACUGUGCAAUUGCCAACAACUGCGUUUCUGAGGCUUAUUCGAGUCACGUUUGCAGUAGUUUUUGUUCUAUCGGACGUAUAAUGGUAUACCAAGUUGAAAUGGCAACGUGAAGAGAAUAGCGGUAUGUUUAUACGAUGUAUUACCUACGCAAUAUUUACAUGAUAUGCAGUGAUAUCUCAGUAGGUAGCUAGGAUCAUGCGCAUUGUAUCCAAAUUCACUAACCUUGUGCCUAAUAUUCAGUUUAUGUGUUAAAUACUGUGUUUAAGGGUUGGCAUUGAACACACGGUACUGCAACCUCUAUCUCGAUGAUAUUGUGUUUAAGCGUUGACGCUGAACACACAGAACCACAGCAUCUUUCUUUAUGAUAUUGUGUUUCAGGAAACGUUGACACGUUUUCAAACAUUAGUAUUUAUUUAUGAUCUCUCGCUAUUGCAAAAGGCUUCGUUAAGUUGCUUUUAACAGCAUGAAAGCAGAAGAGUGGAAACUAACCAGCUGCAUCGAUUGUCCUGUACUAACUGCGAAUGGAUGUUUGGAUAUAGCACGGAAUAUUGAUUACAAUGUACAUAGCAUGUAUAUAGUGUUUGUUUGAACUAUAUGUGACUAUAUAUGCAGUGUACAAGCAGCGUCGCGAGUGCCUGAGACCACGUGGUCUUUCAUGUCACGUGGACCUGACAUUGUAUAUAACCCUUUGUCAUGUAAUGGACCCCUAUGGUACAUUGUUAUGAGGACCUUGUGGACCCGCCUCCAACUUACAUUGUAAUAUAGCCAUGUGACCUUUAGUGGACCCGCUCCAACUUACGUUGUCAUAUGUGGCCUAUAGUGGACCUCCGAAUGUUAUAAGGACCUCGUGGACCCGCCUCCCAACUUACACUGUAAUAUAGCCAUGUGACCUGUAGUGGACCCCCUGUACUUGUAAUAAGGACCUGCAUGGACCCUCCCGAACUUACAUUGUAAUAUUGCCACGUCAUCUGUAGUGGACCCUCCGAACUUACAUUGUAAGACCUGUGUGGCCCCGCCCAAACUUACAUUGUAAUAUAGAUAUGUCAUAUACCCUCCACAAAGUGUAAUAUAUUUCAAGUCAUUAUGCAAGAUCUGAAUGUUUAUUUUUUCUUGUCAUAAUUAUGAUGAGUCAAUAAAAAACUAUUGCUUA